GACUUUUUAGACGAUGGUCCAAUGAAACAUUCUGAAAACUUGGUAUAUAAAGGUAAAGAGAUGGAUGACUAAUUAAAGACAUCGUUAUUUUUACAAAGAAAGAAAGGAAGAAAACAUUUCCCAUCUCCGUGUUGGUUCAAAGAAGAUUUCUUCUCGGUUGACAGACAAAUCAGAGAUGGCCGCCAAGACGACUGAUCAGGAGCCGGCGAUCGGAAUACCCUACGAUCCGGCCUACCACCAAUACAACAACAACCAUCCUCCUCCUCCGCAAUCAUUCUACUACGUCGGCGCUACUGAAAACCCAUACCAAGCCGGGAUGAUCCCGCCGAACGCCGUCUUCGGAGACCCCAAAGGGAUACCGAUUCAACAGACUAUUUACAGAGAUACACCCGCCCCUUUCAAUUGCCUUCACUGUGGUUCAUCUGCUCUCACCAACAUCAAAUCAAAACCGAGCCUGGCUGCACUUGUGGGUUGUAUGAUGCCUAUGAUGCUUGGAGUUUGCUUUCUGUGUCCUAGCAUGGAUUGCCUUUGGCAUAAGUAUCACUAUUGUCCAAGUUGCGGAGAGAAGGUUGCUGAAUUUGAGAAGUCAGAUCCGUGUUUGGUGAUGGAUCAAACUCAAUGGAGCCAGCCGAGUUUUGCCUUGCCUGCCUGAAGGAUAAAGUCCAUAUCAAAGCCAAUCUUGUAACUGCUAUACUGUAAUUUGUAUGAUACCAUGCUAGUGUCCUCGUUUCAUUUGAACCUCAGAAUCUCUUGUCAAGAUCCUUGGAAAUUUUUUCUGCCAUUGCUUUGUAUAAAGUACGGUUCAUAUUGUUAAUAUGGUGACUAUUGUUUACCUUUGGUUAGUGGUGAUAGUCAAGUAGAUUCUUCUUGAUCAUGUCAAACUGUUCUCUAUGUUAGCCUACUUUCUUUUGAUAUGGAGUUGCUUUGACAAAUCAGAUCCUGGCUGAUAUUGUAUGCCUUGCACUUUGUACUUGUCCUCUGUGUGCAUAGUUGUAGCUAUGAAUGAAAAGUGAGGUUAUAUGUUGGAUCACUUGUUAUCUUUGCUGAUAGACGGAAAGUGAUUGCCUUAUGUGUCCAACACGUUUAAAAUCCUCUCCCUUCAGAAUAUGACCUUGAAAAUGUUAGAUCAUUUGAUGGAAAUGGCCUUGAGUUGUGUAUAAUUUGCAAAAAUUAGUGGCUGCUUGGUUGUUGAGAUUGUUUGGAAAGCUGGGGAAGUCAUGGAUUACUAUUGAAUUGGAUUUAUUCUAUUCCUUUAAGUAAAUAGAACUGAGGAGAUCCUUUUUGUUGGUUGUAUAUUGUGAUUGAGUUGUUUGAAUAAGCAACUGGUGAAGUUACUGGCUUACUGCUUUGGUUGGGGUGGGAGUUGUUGUUACAGUAUGUUGUGUGUUUUUUUUUUUUAAUACGUGGGAAGCAUGAAGCUUGAAUAUAAAACAUCCUUUAAGAUGGGGAUGAUGAGUUCCUAUCUAAAACUAACUGCUUGGGAGCGUUUGACGAGAGUAUUGACAAAUCUGUAAUCUGUUGCAUAAGAAAAACCUAAUUUCGCUAGUGAAUCCGCCGCCUCAUUUGGUGUUCUAUGAAUGAGGCUAAAAUGCACUGUCCAAUGUUUUUGAAGUAGGGCCACAAUGUGUCACAGCACAUUGCUGACAGGUAUGAACUCGUCAUAGCACCUGAUGAAAUUUAGCGC